GGUAGAUUCUUUUCAAAGAGCGCCGGUGUAGUUGGUACACUGACAGGAAGAAGAAGAAGAAGAAGAAGAAGAUAAAAGAGUUGGUGGGAUUUGAAAUUUUUGGUGCUUUCUUCUAACUUCAUUAGUGGAGUUUCAUAUAAUAAAGGAAAAAAAGUCCACUUUUCUUAUAUAUUACUCGUUUCCUUCAAGCUAGCUCUCUCUUUAUUUAGAUCUUGAAGUGUGAGAUGGCGACAACAUCAGCAAGAACGUUCUCAAUUGGGUCGACUGUCUCCUUUGGAAGCAGGGGGAAUCCACUUCCACAAUCUAAACCUUUUGUUGCGAGGUUCACCUCCCCAAAUUCACUUGCAAGUUUUAGUGGCCUCAAGGCAGCAACAUAUGUGAACUGUGAAUCAGAGUCCUCAUUCUUCGGCAAGGAAAGCAGCGCCGCUCUUAGAGGCUCAUUUGUACCAAAAGCACAGAAAGCAAACCAGAAGUCUCAGUAUGGUCUACAGCCUGUGGCAUCUUACAAAGUGACAAUACUUGGAGCUGCUGGAGGGAUAGGUCAGCCAUUAGCCCUUCUAAUCAAGAUGUCUCCAUUAGUUUCAGCCCUGAACCUCUAUGAUAUAGCAAAUGUCAAGGGAGUUGCUGCGGACCUCAGUCACUGUAAUACUCCGUCUCAAGUUCAGGAUUUCACUGGUGCUUCUGAAUUAGGAAAUUGUUUGAAAGGUGUAAAUGUAGUGGUUAUUCCUGCUGGAGUUCCAAGAAAGCCUGGUAUGACUCGUGAUGACCUCUUCAACAUCAAUGCCAACAUCGUGAAGACCUUGGUUGAGGCGGUUGCUGAUAAUUGUCCCGAUGCCUUCAUCCAUAUUAUUAGCAAUCCAGUUAACUCCACAGUACCAAUUGCUGCCGAAGUCCUGAAGCAGAAGGGUGUUUACGAUCCAAAGAAGCUUUUCGGUGUUACAACAUUGGAUGUUGUGAGAGCUAACACAUUUGUUGCUCAGAAGAAAAACCUUAAGCUCAUUGAUGUGGAUGUUCCAGUUGUCGGGGGACAUGCUGGUAUCACCAUUUUACCUCUUCUGUCAAAGACGAAACCCUCUGUUAACUUUACCAAUGAAGAAGUGGAACAAUUAACUGUUAGGAUUCAAAAUGCUGGGACUGAAGUUGUGGAGGCAAAGGCUGGUGCAGGGUCUGCCACCUUAUCUAUGGCUUAUGCAGCAGCAAGAUUUGUUGAAUCAUCUCUUCGUGCUCUGGAUGGAGAUGGAGACGUCUAUGAGUGCUCUUUCGUGCAGUCCGACCUAACCGAUCUUCCAUUUUUUGCAUCUAGGAUCAAGCUUGGAAGAAAAGGGAUUGAAACUUUGAUUCCAUCUGACCUUUCCGGGUUAUCCGAGUAUGAAGAGAAGGCCUUGGAAGCUCUUAAGCCUGAAUUAAAGGCCAGCAUCGAAAAGGGAAUUGCUUUCGUGCAAAAGCAACCGGUUACUGCUUAAAAACUCGGUCUUUGAAGCUCUAACUUCAUUGAAACCAUGGUUGAGAGAGAGAGUAGACCAAGUCUGGGUUUAACCCUGAAUCAGAACUUUCAGUUUUGCAGAAUGGAAGAUUUUCAGUUUCGUGUUUUUUUUUCCCGAAUGAUGAUCACAGAGAAGGGAACUUAAAAAAAGGGCAAUUUGGUGUUGUAGAUGAGAAGAAUUGAAUGGUUUCUCAAUCAGAGUUUUGUAGUACUUUUGACAGUUUUAAAAUUUAUUUGUUGGGCUUAAUACCACUUUUAACUAA